CCUCCCUUAGAAUCUAAAAACCAUUCCUCAGUCCUCCAUCCUCAACUCUUCCAUCUCCAUUUCUAUCCAACUCCCCUGCCAACUCGCCAACAAUGUCUCUAACCAUCCCCACAAACCUCUCCAAGCCCCUCAAGCCAAGGCUCAGCUCUCCCUCCUUCCAAAAGGCAAGGCCUAUGAUAGUGUGCUCAGCCUCAACUGAGCCACAGCCCACCAACAAAUCUCCACUCCAAGCAUUCUCUGCUGCGCUUGCACUCUCCUCCAUCAUUCUAGCUGCUCCAGUCCCUGCCUAUGCUGACAUCGCCGGGCUCACACCCUGCAAGGAGUCCAAACAGUUCGCCAAGCGGGAGAAGCAGUCACUGAAGAAGCUGGAGUCAUCACUGAAACUGUACGCGCCGGACUCAGCCCCAGCGCUGGCCUUAAACGCGACGAUCGAGAAGACAAAGAGGAGGUUCACAAACUAUGCGAACCAAGGGUUGUUGUGUGGGUCGGAUGGGCUGCCACACUUGAUAGUGAGCGGGGACCAGAGGCACUGGGGAGAGUUCAUUACACCAGGGAUAUUGUUUUUGUACAUUGCUGGAUGGAUAGGGUGGGUUGGAAGGAGCUAUCUGAUAGCCAUCAGGGAUGAAAAGAAGCCAACACAGAAGGAGAUCAUCAUUGAUGUGCCUUUGGCUUCUAGGUUGGUCUUCAGAGGCUUUAUUUGGCCUGUUGCUGCCUACAGAGAGUUCGUCAAUGGUGAUCUCAUUGCCAAGGAUGUCUAAUUAUUUCUCUUCUAAGUUCUACCAUCACCACCACCAGUGGGAAAGACUUUGGCUGACAGGAAGACAAGGCCUGAGAUUUGGGAGUUACAUGUGAGAGAGAGGAGUGGAGGCCAGUGGGUCAGAGGUGAAAAAUUUCUUGUGUUUAUUUUGUAAACUUAAUUGUAUCUAAUGCUUUGUGUUGAACACUAAGUCUGCCUUGUCUUUCCAUCUAUGAUUAUUUACACCCCUCUUCCUCA